GCUUCUAGACCCUGAACUAGAAACUUCUGGAUCGCUUUUUGUCAGCAGCUACAUUCUACAGCUUAUUUUACAUUUGCCUUCACAAAUGGCGCAGCUUAUCACAAUAGUUCAAGUCCACAUGAGUGUCCCACAUGUUGAACAAUUUGUUGACUUGCUCGUCUCUAUCCCUGCCGAAGGCGGAAGGUCAUCUAAACUCGUUUUCUUAUGGGAAAUUCAAGGAGCCUACCAAAUGAAAGUGACAACUAUUGCUUUGGCUUUGUUGCUUUUGACUCGACAUGUUGAAUUUGGGAACAUUAAUUCUGACACAGGCAUAACGACUCGCUCCAGAGCCAAGAAAUUACCGGAUCAAUGGACAGUUGUGCCACUUCCUGCUAAGGAGGAUAGCGAUAGCGACUGGGACGAAGCUGAGAGUGAAGUUGAGAGUGAAGAUGAUGAUUUCUUAUCUUCUUCUGCUAAAUCUGCAUUACAUGUUAGACCUACUUAUGAAUAUCUUGAUGCCAUGGCAAAGGCUUUUAAUGAGGACGAAGAAGAUGACUUUGAAGAUGAACUUCUUAGUGGUGUGGAUCCUGUAAAUGAGAUCAGUUUAGUGAACAUUCUUUUCGAAUCCCUGGAAAAAUUCUCGGAGGGCGACAAACCAUGUUUUGAACAUCUAUUUCAGAGCAUCACAAAGCCUCAACAAGAAGCUAUGGAAUUGUUGUUUAUUAUUAUUAUUGGAGCAUUUGCAAGUCCUUGUUUAUUGGUGCCCAUCUACUUGGUCAAGAUUCAGGCUAUCAAGCUUGACCUUCGCGUGAUUUACCAGACUAUAUACAAUAAGAGGGGACUGUGUUCAAAAAGAAGGAGGUGCUCUACAAUUGCUUGCAAAGCCUACCUGCCGGUGAUGGAGUCUGUU